AUGGCGUCGUCCUCAAGUGUUGAGGGCGUGCCCAUCACUAAGGGAGGGGAAAUUUUGGUAAAGGUUGAAGAUCUGGCAGGAGGACUAAUUUCUGUCAAGCUCGUUAACGGAGAUAAAACAUUUCGAGGAAUUUUACUGCAGGAGUACGCCGGAAAAUCAAAUGAAUAUGGAACAAAUCCUGAAAGAAUAAUUAGCGCUCCUGUUUGGCCUCCUCUAAGUGGAAAUUCAUCCGGCAUAAACCUUAAGACUAUCCCAUGUUCUACAGAACGUUAUUCUUAUAAGCUGGAAGGUCAACCUUCAAAUUUAAAUGUCUUUCAACCUGAUCCAACAAAACGUAGUCAUCGUAAUCAACCAGCUCCACAGUUAUCGCGUAUAUUAAGACCACGACGUUUUGUUUGCAGAAAAUGUAAGAAAGCUUUCCAUCUUGAAGAACAAGGCACGGAACUGUCUUCAACUGCUCUCAACGAUCAAUCAGAUCGUCGAACUUCUGAUUCAUCUGCUAUGAAUUCAGAUAGUGAAGUGAAUCAGUAUCCCUUAAAAAGUGAUAAUGGCGAACAGAGUACGUCAGCAUCAUUCAACGGAAACUCACAGUCCAUUCGCCAUGUUACCCCAUCAAUCAUCCCCAAAUUAAAUGAAGAAUUUGAUGUGAAUCUGAAUGACCCAUCAAAAACUCAUAUUAUUUCCAGCACCGAAACCCUACCAAAAUCCAAAAAAAAUUUACAAUCAGAACAAUCAUCAAAAAUCUCAGAAUUGUCAGAAACAAAAUCAACUGUACUGAAGAAGCGCAAGGUUGAUGCUGUUUCCGAAAAACAGAAAUUGAAAAAAAUUAAACUUGGUCCUCAAAAACCACCUGAACCUGUCAACAGUGGUAGUACGGUAACAUCCACAAUCACUUUGGAUGCACCCUCCGAACCCAUACUGCCUGUUUCUACAGAAGAAGUUAAAGACGUCCCCACUUCUUCGAACUCGGUGCCUAAACCAGUCGUGACUGAUUCUCCUAUAUCUCAGGAACAAAUUCGUAAAAAUCGUAUUAAAGCUCAGUAUGUUUCUGUCGCCUCUCCUUUCCGCUUUCCUUUUGGAAAAAAGUCAAAAAUUUCACCUGCUCAAACGAGUGGAAAUCUCAACGCUGCUGGUGAUACCAAAGUGAAAUCUGAAACCAAUUCUACUCGUAAACAUUCUGAAAAACCAGAAGGAAACUCAGUGACAUCUCCAAAAUCAAGUAUUUCUUCUGUACGGCAGAAUUCUCGGUAUCGUACACGUACUCAAAGUAAUUCAGCUUCCGCUGUUCCUGAUCCAUCAGACCUCUCAAGUUCUGUGAAUGAUGUGGAAGAAUCCCCUAAGACAAAUGAAGUUUCACCUCAACACACUGAUUCAUCACAAAAGGAUAAUAAUUUAUGUAGUUUAAGUCCGCGUCUGUCAGGUUCAUUAUCAGUAUCAUCUAAGGAGAAACAUUCAACUUCAGUACAACCGACUCCCAAAGCGUCGAUAUCUGGAAAUUCUUCCGUAUCGAAUAAUACUGGGACUCCAACCAAUGAGGGUAAUUCUUCUACUCAGGGUCGGCGUAAAGCUUUUGAUUAUGAAAAGCCGAAAAAUAGAUGGAUGCGUGAAGCUCGAGCGAGAAGAAAUCAAGAAGAACGGAGUAGUAAUUCUAUUUCCUCUGUAACAAAUCAUGGUACAUCUUCAUCCACUAGUACAGAUACAGAAAAUUCUGCUACAACCAAUAUACAAUCUUCUAGCGUAAGUCGAUUAAGAAUUCGUUCGGGCGAUGCGUCUAAUUCGAACCCUAACGAAAAUGCGUCAAAAUCCGUCGGUAAUAUGUCGUCAAAGGUUAAACUUCCUAACGGGUCUUCAAAUAGUCGCCAUACUGAAACUGGAAAUUCUUCACUAACUGACAAGUGUUUAGAUGACAGUGAUGUGAUUUCUGCAGUAAGUUCCCAUGUCUCCCCAUGUUUGACUCAAUCUACUGACAGCACUAGUCUUACUCUCCCUGUUCUGAAAAUUAAAAUCAAUCGAAAUCGUCAACCUUCUGGUUCCUCAAAAAAUGCACCAACUCAUUACGAAGUAGUCAAAACUCCGAUAGCUGAUGCGCAUUCAGAAACAGCUUCUCAGAUUUCCAAUGAAGAAAGUCAUUCACAUACUCAUGUGGAUACUUUCUCCUCUCCAGUGCAGAAAUCGGACAUAUCAUGCAAUGGAAUAAGAAGUCCAUCACCUGUUCACUCUUCUGGAUCUUCAAAGAAAGGUUAUACCGGUGAAAAUACGAUAGCAACUGGUCCUUUAGUGAAGCGCUGUAAGCUAGCUGAUGAUGUUGUUUUUCGUGUUGGUGAUCUUGUUUGGAGUAAACUUUCAGGAUGGCCGUAUUGGCCUGCCCAGAUAACUAGUAUACAACGCAUAGGUAGUGAAGUGGAGCCAUCAAGCCUUGAAAAAGAACCUGUCACCAAAGAUUCACAUGAGAAGAUAUCAGAGCAAGUUUGUUUCGUUGCUUGUCUUCAUUGGUUUGCUUGGCAUCAGGUUUCUUACAUGCCGUGCGAUAAACUGUAUCAUUUCCUCGAGCAUUGUAAACGAUUUGAUAAUAAAAAGAAACGAGGUGUUUUCCGUCAGGCAGUUAACGAAGCAAAACAAGCUGCUGAAAAAAGACAAGAAAUCCAUUCGACUGAUAGUGAAAGUGAAUGGGAAAACGAGAUGGAGUGUAAUACCCCUCAUCAAGAGCCAGUUGCUGAACAGCCUACAGAAAUCUGUGUCCCUGAUAAUUCUCAACAGUCAAUCCAAGUAUCUCAACUUGAAUCAUCAGUACAGUCUAUACCGGAUAUGAAACAUGGAGAAGAAGCUGUUAUCACCGCGGAAUUAAGUGCACCUCUUCCUCCCAAAGUUAAAAAAGGCAAAAGCAAAGAAAGCAAAAAACGUAAAAGUUCAUUAUCUUCUAACACUAUUAACUCUCCAACUAAAGUAUUAUGUGAUGAAUCAACCACUGACGAAUGCAGUCAUCAACAUGUUGCAUCAUCGUCAUCAAAAGCACCAAAGUCUCGUUCACUGUGUAAACGUGAAUCAAAGCGUAAAGCUCAAAGUAUACUGGCUAAUAAUAAAAUCUCUGAAGAUGAAAAUUCAUCCCCGAAAGAAUAUGGUUCUUCCUUUACAAGUUCUGAAUCGAAUGUCCGUCUGAAAAUUAUUCUUUCCAAGCCUAAGCUGAAGACUACUGAAAUUAAUCAAGAAGCAUCCAAUCCUAUUGAAAUUCAAAAUUCUUGUCCACCAGAUUCAAGUGAUCCUGUCACUCCCACCGUCCAGUCACAAAUUGCUGAAGAUCCAUUAAGGCAAACAUCAGAGAGCCAGUUAUCUGAAGACAAUCAAAAAUCUUUCUUGACUACUGCUGAUUCACAAGAUUUUGAUAGAACAUUUGGUGCUACACAUUCAGAACUCUUAACACAAUUUCCGCAUGUAUUUCCUGAUCUUAAAGUUUCUGGUAUUUUGUCUGACACUGUCGAUAUACCUACAUUUUCUGAGGAUGAAUCAGAGGAGGAAGAUGCUGGUCGUCUAAUAAUUGAUCCUGAUGUAAUGGCUUCAGUUAAUGUUCCCCUGUCAACUAAUAAUCACUACAUGACUGAAACUUUAAAACCAGAGCCGGAUAUACUUCGUGAAGAUUUGUAUAGUCUUUCCUCAAAUAAUUUACCUUACAAUCGUGCAUUACCCUCGCAUACCUUUGGUAAUAUUCAUUCGUACUCCCAAACUCCCCUAGCCACAAUUUCAGACCAUUCAAUAAAGAGUUUUCCUGCUCCAGCGUAUCCGUCUGAUUCAUUCUCACAUCACUCAUAUGAUUCUUCAUCUUAUCGUACAGAAUGCUUAAUAUCCAAACCAGUCCCAGCCUAUCCAUUUCCUAAUCAAUCAACAGCAUCCCUUAGUAGACUACCACCUCCACCUCAUUUAACUCCAUCAAAUGUACCAAUCCCCAACAGAACUGCAUAUUUCCAAUCUAGUCAUCUAGGAGGAGUUCCCUCAACAACAACAACAGCUCAUUCUGUGCCUUACAUAACCACUGAGUAUUCCAGUUUAUGA